AUGCAAGCGUGGCAAGUAGUCGACGUUGAAGGUUGCCUAUACUAUGCCUUCCUUCCAGCAAAUCCAUCAAAACUCUCAGAAUGUGAAAAAACAGUCGCAAAACCGACAGACGAUACCCUAAAGAACAAUGAUGACGCGGAAGAAAUUUAUAUGAUUCCAGCUGAUGACGAGGCAAGCGACAAUCUAUCCCCUGUUAAAAUAAAAAAGGAAGAUAUGGACGAUAUUUCAUCGAUGAACGAAGAUCACUAUGACGACACCAAUGUCUAUGCUUGCGAAGAGUGUAACAUUUGUUUUCCCGUCAUGCAAAUGCUAAAACGACACAGAAACGCUGUUCACGAGCAAGCCCAGCGCUACAAGUGCAAAGUCUGUUUCAAAAUAUGUCGCAGUCUGGUCGCCUUCAAGAUGCAUAUCGCUUUAGAGCACAAAACUGAGGAGGAAGAAGCGAAGGAUGUCGAAAAUCUGACGUAUGCCUGCAACUUCUGCAACUACGAAAGCACAAACAAAUCUACGCUUCAUUCUCACAUUAGUAGAAAACAUUCGGCUAAACGUAUAGGUAGAAGGCGAAAUAGCUAUAGGUACUCCGCAGAACCUGAAGAGUACUCUUGCGACGUAUGCGAAUUUAAAUGCCAGAAUAGACGUAGAUUAAAGGAACAUUUAGAACGUAAGCACGCGUCAGAAUAUAAAUACGAUUGCGAAUAUUGUGGCAAAAAGUUCAAGGUCAAAGGUGACAUGAGGUUACACGUACGUUUUAAACACAAAGAAGGACCCAUAGUUUGCGAUGUGUGUGGAAAAACGUGCUCGAAUAGUAACUCUCUAUAUGUGCACCAGAAGUGGGCACAUUUCAAACCAAAGUACGAGUGUGAAAUUUGCAAAAGACGUAUGGUCACUCAGGAGAAUCUCGAUCAACACAUUUUGUUGCAACACGAGAGACGAGAGAGUUUCGUGUGUGAAGAAUGUGGAAAAUCGUUCACAGAGAAUCAUCGAUUAAAACAACACAUGAUGACGCAUACCGGGGACAGACCUUACGAUUGCCACAUAUGUGGUAAAGCUUUUGCGCGUCGCACAGCUUACAGGCAACACUUGCUUAUUCAUACGGGCAAACGACCAUAUAUCUGUGAUAUUUGCGGUAAAACGUUCACGCAGAAGCCUGGCCUGAUUUGUCACCGAAAAUCACAUCCUGGAGUUCAUCCUCCAUUGCCAGUAGUACAUAUAGAACAUAUUCUUAGCGACUUUAUGAAGAAAGAAUGA